AAUCGCCUCUGCUCCAGUCCAGGCACAGAGUUUUAAACAAUCAGUGUCCAGAGUCCAGACCAGCCAUGAUCCUCCAUUUUCUAUCUAACUACAUCAAUUUAUUUUGUUUUCUACUAGUUAUUUUCCUUUUCCUGUUGUUCAUUGAUAACAUUAGGAAUAGAAAUCCGGACCGGUUUCCACCAGGACCCUGGCCUCUGCCCUUCGUGGGAAAUCUCUUCACUGGGCUUGACUUCAGAACCAUAAACAAGCUUGCUGAGGAGUACGGGGAGGUUUUCAGUCUGAGAUGGGGCAGUGAGAAAGUAGUGUUUGUCUCCGGAUACAAAAUGGUGAAGGAAGCCCUCGUCACUCAGUUGGACAGUUUUGCUGAUCGUCCUGCUGUUCCCCUGUUUGACAAAAUCCUCAGUGGACUUGGUUUAAUUGUGAGUAAUGGGUACCUGUGGAAGAUGCAGAGAAGAUUUGCCAACACACACCUGCGUGGCUUCACUGAGGGGAAGAGGAGCCUCGAGCUGAGUAUCCAACAGGAGUGUGUCUUUCUGUGUGAAGCCUUUCAAGCUGAAAAGGGACCGUUUGACCCUCAUUUCAUACUGAACAAUGCUGUCUCCAACAUCAUAUCUUCACUGGUUUUUGGGCAUCGCUUUGAUUACCAUGAUGAACGCUUCCAGAACCUUCUCCGCUUGGACAGUGAAGCCAUUGCUUUAUCAGGCCUUACUCAGACUCAGCUAUACAAUGCCUACCCCAGACUCUUUGAGUAUCUUCCUGGCCCUCACCAGAAAAUGUUCGCAAACUACAAGAUGAUUCUACAGUUUAUAAGAGAUGAAAUCAAAAAGCACAAGGAAAACUUGGAUCCAACAGACCCAAAAGACUACAUAGACGCUUUCCUACUAGAAAUAGAAAAGAAAACCAGUGACCCUGCGGCCGGAUUUAACAUUGACACAUUAGUAUCCGCCACACUGGACAUGUUUGAGGCAGGAAGUGAAACCUCAGCCACAACAAUAUGGUGGGGUCUUCUCUACAUGAUGAAAUAUCCAGAGAUACAGGAAAAGGUGCAGGCAGAGAUCGACAGGGUGAUUGGACAGUCACGUCAACUCAACAUGGAUGACAGACCCAGCAUGCCCUACACUGAUGCUGUCAUCCACGAGAUUCAGAGGAUGGGUAAUGUUGUACCUCUCGGUGCCACCAAAACAGCCUGUAAAGAUACGACUCUGGGAGGAUACUUCAUACCAAAGGGCACUGCUGUGAACACAAACCUGUCAUCUGUGCUUUAUGAUAAGAAUGAGUGGGAAACACCCAACACCUUCAACCCAGAACACUUUCUCGACAAACAAGGACAGUUCCGCAAGAGAGACGCCUUUCUGCCCUUCUCAGCAGGUAGGAGGUCAUGUCUUGGGGAGCAGCUGGCGCGUAUGGAGCUCUUCUUGUUUUUUGCCACCCUGUUACAGCGCUUCAGAUUAUCACCUGGACCAGGAGAGAAGAUGAGCCUAGAGGGCCAGUUGGGCUUCACCUAUGCACCCACCCCCUACAUGAUGUGUGUGACUCCGCGCUGAGUUGUAUGUGGUUUAGGCAGUAUAUAGGCAGUUGCCUAUUAAAAAAAAGGCUGAAAUGGAAGAGUUUAAUCAGUCAUAGUAAAAUGCUGAUUAAAUACAUUUAUUGUAGGAACAUAAAAAGACAACAUGCUGUAUGCCUUAUAUUCAAUAUUCUUUUUCUUUGUAACCAAAUAAGAUUUUUGUAUGUGUACUCAUAUGAACAUUUACAGAAUUACAAUAAACAUACAGUUUUAUAAUAUCUAAUAUAUAUUUAUAAUAUCCAUUUUAAUUUGUGUUGAAUUUCUUUAAAUAUCUGUAUAUGUAUUUAAUUUAUUGUACAGUUUCCUUCACAACACCAGAAACUUUAUAAACAAUAUUUUACAUAUUUGCUGAUCUGUUUAUCAGCAUUAUAAUAUAGAACCCAAUAAUGACUUUCAGAAAUACUGAUGUUGAUUAGCCAUUUUUAGCUUUUGAUUCUCCUUUACAUCUCCAUGUGCUCUUAGUCAGUUCUUUGCAUGUGUGCCCCUUUAUCUGUUUUCUUGUUUGGAAUUACACAGUACCCAUUGCUCAGAAUGUAUUUUUAUUUCUUAACUAGAACUUCUUAAGGAAAUAAAAAAAAAAAAAAUUUAAGGACAAAAAUGGAAAUACAUGUUUUUUUAUUGGACAGCAGCAAUAUAAAUAUCUUAUGAUAAAAUGUAAUAAUCUAUCACAUUGUAUAGAUUAUACAAUUUAUUUGUUUUUUUGCAAAGAUAAAUAAGUAUUUGAUCCCUCUGGCCUCUAGCAGAGAAACACUCUCAAAACAUAAUGUUUCCAACACUAUUCUUGACAGUGGGGACUGUGUUUUUUGGGUCAUAGUCGGGUCAGUUAUCUUCUACCAAACACGACGAGUUGAGUUAAUGCCAAAGAGCUUAAUUUUUGUCUCAUCUGACCACAGAACCUUCUCCCAAUUACUCUUAGAAUAUUCCAGGUGUUCAUUGGGAAACUUCAGACGGGUCUUUCUUUGUCACUGUGGUCCCAGCUGCCUUGUGAUCAUUAACAAGGUCCCCACGUGUAGUUUUAGGCUGAUGUCUCCCCUUCCUCAUGAUCAAGGAUACACCAUGAGGUGAGAUUUUCCAUGGAGCCCCAGUUCAAUGUCGAUUGACAGUCAUUUUGUAUUUCUUCCAUUUUCUUAUUGUACCAAAAGUUGUCCCCAUCUCACCCCUUAGAAAGCUCUGGUCUUUCCCAUGCUGUAAAGGUUAGAGUCUGACUGAUUCAUUUAAUCAAUUAUGGAUCAAAUAUUUCUUUCUUGCUGCAAAAUCAAAAUAAAUGUAUACAAUUUAUACAAUGUAA